AUGUAUCUGGAUAACAAAGGUUUAUUUGAUGGGUUUGUCGGUCCGACCGGUGUCGAUAACGUUUAUUGUGUCUAUGGAACCCAAGUCGAUACAGCCUAUCAACUCGUCUAUCGUCCGCCGACUUCCUCCAUUCCCGCUUUCCCUGAACAAAAACCCCAGUUGAUUAUGGGCGAUGGGGACGGAACAGUGGAUUUAAAGAGUCUGCAAAUGUGUCACUCAUGGCCGGGAGUGAAAGUGGUGAGAAUACCCGGGGGUCGGCACCGAGAACUUGUGGGCGAUUCGCGAUUAAUUGACCUGAUUCAACAGAUAGCGCGCGUGAAACGUGUCUGA